CUUUCCCUCAAAGAAAAAAAACAUACGUUUCCGCUGACCGCCGCCGGCGCCGCCGCCACGCCAUGUUCCACCACCUCCGAACGCGCGUCCUUCCUCUCCUCCUCCGCUACCCACCAUCCCAUCCCCCCGCCUCCCACCUCGUUCCCCUCCACCGCCUCCUCUCCACCACCGCAUCCAUCUCCCCCAAACCUUUCUCCGCCAAGGACUUCCUCGUCACCGACUGCGGCCUCACCCGAGCGCAGGCCCUCAAGGCCUCCAGAAGGCUCUCCAACCUCACUUCCCUCUCGAAGCCCCAGGCCACGGUGGCCUUUCUCUUGGGUCGCGGCGUCCCCCGCUCCGACAUCGCCGUCGCCGUGGUCGCCGAUCCGUCCCUCCUGUACGCCAGCGUGGGGAUGGUCCUCGCCCCCCGCUUCGCCGAGCUUAGCGAACUCGGCUUCUCGCCUUCGCAGAUCGUGGCCAUCCUCUCGAUCCGCCGCACGGGCGCUCUCCGCGGCAACCUCCUGUUCUGGUUCGGGAUCUUCGACUCCUACCCCAAGCUGCUCUUUCUGGCAAAGUCAAACCGCGAGCUCCUCAGCGCCAGCAUCGAGAAGGUGAUCAAGCCGAACCUGGCCACCCUCCAAGAAUGUGGGAUAAGUGCUCCUGAUAUUGCAGUUUUAAGCUUGUACUCCUGUCGGUUGUUCACCGUGAAACCCAAGUUUCUGGUGGACGCCGUGGCGCGGAUCGAGGAGUUAGGCGUGCAGCGAAGCUCGUGGAUGUUCCGCCGUGCACUCGCUGCACUCGCCUUCAAGAGCAAGGACGUUCUCGCCAGGAAAAUACAAUUUUUACAUACGCUUGGGUUUUCACAGGAUGAUUUGGUGAAUAUCGCCAAGAAGGCGGCACUUGUCCUGGCUUUAUCUGAUAAAAAGAUUCAGCGAUCUGUGGGGUUCUUAAUGAAGGAUGUCGGUCUGCAGGCUUCGUACAUUGCUCGAAGGCCAGCGCUGAUCAUGUAUAGCGUUGAGAGGUGGUUGUUGCCCCGGUACUCCCUGCUUAAGCUUCUCAGGCAGAAGGGAUUACUGGACGUGGAAUUGGACUAUUAUACCAUGGCAUCGCUGGCUGAGAAGAAGUUUGUGCAGAAUUUUGUGGAUCCUUAUAAGGAUAGUGUUCCAGGCCUAGUUGAUGAGUAUGCCUCUGCAUGUCGUGGGAAAGCACCAAAAGGAAGUGCUCGGCUACAACGCUGAAACUGUGGUGUGCGAGAAUACGUUCAUUUUGAGAUUAUCCGAGGAGUUUUGUCGCCACAAGACUGAGUUUUUGAUCGGUGAGAUCGGUUCAGAGUCAGAGUGGACUGUGAAUUGAUAAAAAGUCCGUACAGUUCAUGUACUGCAUGAAGAAGUGUCUGGUUCCCGGUAUCAUGAAAGAAGGACAGUGUCUCUGAGCUCGCUGAUAUGUAUGACGCAGCUUGUGCUGGGGAGGUUGCCUCCCGAGUCCAACUUUGGCAUUUUAAGAUAUUGAAGACUUGUUGUAUCCUUCAGUGUAGUACAUGUUCAGAUGGUAACACUGCAGAUCCUACCCAUUAGUUACUACCGUCCAUUGUGCAAACACUCUUAGUUCUUAGUCUCAGCAAUUUAACAACUAGUUAUCCGAUUGCUACAAAAACAAUUCAUUUUCUUUUGAGGAAUCGAUUACAAUCCAUGUUCAAAUUUUGGAUAUGUGGUAUGAAGGAACUAGAUUGUCUUA